AUGACAAGCUCCACAACAAGCUCCACAACUAGCUCCAUAACAAGCUCCACAACAAGCUCCACAACUAGCUCCAUAACAAGCUCCACAACAAGCUCCACAACAAGCUCCACAACAAGCUCCACAACAAGCUCCACAACAAGCUCCACAACAAGCUCCACAACAAGCUCCACAACAAGCUCCACAACAAGCUCCACAACAAGCUCAGUGACAAACUCAGCGACAAGCUCAGUGACAAGCUCCACAACAAGCUCCACAACAAGCUCCACAACAAGCUCCACAACAAGCUCCACAACAAGCUCAGCGACAAGCUCAGCAACAAGCUCCACAACAAGCUUAACGGCAAGCUCCGCGACAAGCUCCACAACAAGCCCAACGAUAAGCUCAACCACAAGCUCAAUGACAAGCUCAAUAAUAAGUUCAACAACAGCGACGGCCACUGCUACCAGUAAGACCAAAUUUUGUUUUUUAGUUUAUCGGUCUGGAAUUCAGAUUUUCAAGCUAUUUCUACCAAGAUGUUAUCGAACAUUGAGCUCGAAAAUUUUCUGCACAUAAUCAAUGGGUGAUUUUCACAGAUGAAGGCAGUUUUUUUCGUAUUUAUAUUACAAAAUAGAUACAACUCACGGUGGGCAUUUUUUGCUAGAGCAGACGGACUUCAGCUUUAUGAGUGAACUAAAAUUUCAUGAACCAUUUUUUAUAGGUUUUUCAUGAUCCUCUUUCUAAUGGCAUGAGAGUUGGGUUUUGAAAAAGUUUUCUGAGGAGUUUUCCCGAAAUCCGGUCUCUGGAAAACCCUUCAGAAAUCUUUCUCAAUAUUUAAAAACGAUGCCACUGGAAUGAGCAUUGUCGAAAACCUAUAAGAAACAUGUUUCGAGUCGUUCAGGUUAGUUUGUCUUGAAAUUCAAAUUUUCAGCACGAAAUUGUUUGUGUGAAUCUCAAAAACCAAGAAAUUUCUAGAAUUCAAAAUCAAGCGACCGAAACUAUAUGAGUUAUAUACCAAUAGCUGCUU